ACAAUUUUCGCAACAAAACAAUUUUAGACUAGAUUUUUCAUCAAAUUCGAACAUUUUUCAUCGAAAUUCGGAGUAGAAAAUAUUAAAUAAAAAUUCUGAUAGCUUUUACCUUUCACGUGCAAUAAAAAUUAUUACUUGUCAAUAGCCUAAAAAGGAAAUAAUCGACCUUGUACUUGAACAAUUUCAUCUAUCUAGUCUCUAAAUCAGGUCAAGGUUGUUACAUGCUUAGUUCCUGUGUAGUUUUUUAUGCAUUUUAAUGUAAACUUAGCUUAGAUAAAACGAUGAACAAUUGAUAUUAAGUGAUAUUAUCGUACGAGGAAGUCGUGACAGGACGCAAUUUCAGCGAAAAUGUUGUCAAAAGUGGGUUUCAUGCUGAAAAAACAUCCAAUUUUGAAGGGAAUGAUCUCGUAUUCGAUCAUUUGGCCAACGGGAAGUCUCAUACAACAAACGAUAGCUGGCGAAAAUUACGAUUUCAAAAAGGCGCUUCGGUUCUGCAUUUUUGGCUCGUGUAUUGUGGCACCAAGUUUAUACGGAUGGAUACGUUUAACGAGUGAAAUGUUUCCUCUGAUGAACCUGAAAACAGGACUUACCAAAGCCGUAAUUGAGCAAUUCACGUACGGGCCAGCGGCGAGUGUCACAUUUUUCUAUGGCAUGAGUCUAAUGGAGUUCAAAACCCACAAAGAAGCUGUGAUGGAAGUGAAACAAAAGUUUCCGGAGACGUGGAAAGUCGGAGUUUGUGUGUGGCCCGUCGUUCAAACGAUCAAUUUUUCAUUUAUUGCGGAGAAAAACAGGGUUCCCUUUGUGUCGAUGGCGAGUUUGUUGUGGACUACCUUCUUGGCGUACAUGAAACAGCUGGACAAGAACAAAGAAAAUGAGGAAAGUUCAAAAACGGAAGAAUUUUGAUAUUUUUUUUUUAGUUCGUUAGACAAUUCGAAUAGAUAAUUUUAUUUUUUUUGUUGAAAAAUUUUAGAAAAAAAGUAUUUUUCGUUCAAAAAACGACAAUAAACGAAGAGAAAAAUUAA